GUGAAUUCGUCCUUUUAGAUUACAAAAAUGAGGACUGUCCUUCGCUUCUCUCUAUAACACUCCCAUUUCAUUCAAAUAUCCUUCCUCUUCGUCUUCGUCUCGUCUUCCUAUUCCUUUUUGCAAAAAAUUUCACCUUCAAUGGCCAUUUCCUUUUAAUGGCCUUCUUCACAUUCAACAUUCACACUCUUCUCUACCUCUUCCUAUUCUCCUUUCCCCUCUUUUCAGCUGCCACCUCCGGAGUUCAAACUCAUUUCCCCCCUUUUCCCAAAGCCUCCCGUUUCAACAAUGGCUUUCAAAGGAUUCUUCUCAGCGUCGCCUUAGGUGUCCUCACCGGACUCACUGCCUCUUUUCUCUCUGUUUUAUUCAUUCGCACCCUUCUCCGUUUCCUAAACAGAACCCCACUUCUCCAAGGACCCCUAAUCUUUUCCCCCAAAAUCGACGCCGAUUCUCUUCAAUCAGCUCUUUUGAACCAAACCCAUCUCUUGGGUUCGAGUUCCAACCCAAAUGGGAAAUGCUACAAGGCGCUUCUCGCAAAUGGGUUCACCGUGGCGGUGAAGAAGCUCGAACCCAUUCAAUGUGGAAGGACGGAGGCGCGGCGACGGAUGCAGCAGCAGAUGGCGGUGCUGGGUGCUCUGAAACAUCGGAAUGUGAUGAGUUUAAGGGCUUACGUUGGUGAAAUGGGAAGCUGUUGCUUGGUUUAUGACUUUUUGCCUACUGGGUCUCUUGAGGAUGCAAUGAGGAAAGUGAGAGAGAAUCAAUUAGAACUCAAAUGGGAAGUUCGGCUUCGAAUUGCUGUUGGGAUUGCUAGAGGGCUUCAGUUUCUCCAUUUUGAAUGCAACCCUCGAAUUCUUCACUGCAAUUUGAAGCCUUCAAACAUUCUCCUAGAUGCAGACUUCGAACCAAGAUUGGUUGAUUUUGGGUUAACGAAUCUCAUCCCUGAUUUUCAUACAUCAGCUUCUUUGUACACUGCUCCCGAGUGUCUUAACAACUCCAGGUAUACUGACAAGAGUGACAUUUACAGCUUUGGGGUUAUAUUAAGAGUUCUGUUAACCGGUAGAGAUCCGAUAGAGACCGAACAAGUGUCGUCAGAUAGAGGAGAUAGCAGUGGCAGUGGGGGAAGUUUAGGGAGGUGGGUUAAGCAAUCAGUGGAGCCACGAGAAGCUCUGGAUAAGAGCAUUAGAGGAGAAGGAAUGGAAGAAGAAGAAGAAGAAGAGAUGGUGUUGGCAUUGAGAAUUGCUGGUGUGUGCACAUCAGAAUUGGCUGAAGACAGGCCUUGUAGCGAUGAAUUACUUGUGAUGUUGACUCAAUUACAGAGCUUUUAAAGCAGUUGUAAGCUUAUUUUCCGGCCACCAUUGAUUGCAGAUAAAGUUGAUAGAAAGAUAGAAGAAAAUGGGAGGGGCCAAACCGCAAAGGGAAGGUCUUUACGGGGGGUGGCCAUUAAUUUGAGUUUGUCCUUACCCUCGAAAUCCAUACUUCUAUGUGGGACCUCAACCAAACAUGCUCCAUAAUAGGAGCUGCUCACCCAUUCUCUGACCAAAAAAUAUGUCUCACCUAUCACCUCCCUAACAAUGCCUUCAUCAUUAUAGAACCUUUUUUUUUUUUUACUUAGACAGUCUUUUAGUAAUACUUCAUGAUGGAAACUCUAAUGUUUGUCAUGAUAAAAUAUAAUUUGAUUUAUUAAA